UUUAAAGAGAUAGUGAGCGGCCAAAUGUCAGAGCCAGUAAAGGUCUAACAAAUCUGACAACUCAUUGUCCGUCGUAUACCAGGAGGUGAACGCUCCUAUCAUCCCAAUUUCAAUAAUUCGAGAGGCCGGCCGGGCUGAAGGAAUGCCUGAGGCCCAACACGAGGCUAGAUCAAAAAAGUCGAGUGGAUUGGAUAAUGUAUUCGUCGACAUCAAAUAAUUGCAGCUCAACCGGACAUUGAAGCUGUGACAUGUUAUUACGAUGAUUCAAUUAAAGACAAUGAUGAAUUGCAUCGACAAUUCGGGAGCGGCCAUUGUCGAAUGCGUGAAGGUCAUGAAAAUGAAACGGCAUGCGAAGAUCGGAGAUAGAGUUAUUGUUGUGGUACAGAAGCAACGAAACUUCUCGGAGUCAGGCCCCGGCGCGAGCGUUUCUACAUCGGCAGCGAACAAAGUCCGAAGAGGAGAUAUUCGACAUGCGGUGGUAGUCAGGACAGCGAAGAAGUUACAGAGGCCGGAUGGAAGUGUGGUGAAGUUCGACGAUAAUGCCUGUGUCCUGAUCAACAAGGCGGGGGAGCCAAUAGGGACCAGACUGAACGGUGUUGUUGGCACAGAGCUGAGGAAGAUGAAGUGGUCAAAGAUUUUAUCUUUGGCACCAAUGCAUCUGUAAUAUCACUGUAUGGAAGUCACGGCGCAUGUAGCAUAGCAGGAAGGCGUUCAGAAUUUGGUCUUUGGAAAUAUCAAAUCUUCCCCACGCAUCUUAUCCUUUCUCCGAACCCAACCAUGCCGUAACCUUUUCUCUAUGCAAUGCCCGAACGCCAUGAAAGAAACGCCGCUGAAAUUCCAAAUCCAAGGGUAUCAUUGGAAAAUAUGACCACAACCACAG